AAUAUGGUACACAGCUGCCGGGUCUGGCUUACACGGUGUGAAGUCUCGAGUUAGUACCUGCACAUCGACAUCAGGGUGUUAACAACUCUGCAGAUAAGUUGCCUUAGGGGAUCAGUGUAUGUACUGCAUGCAAGCGAGUCCAGCUUUAAAUAUACAGGGCUCAUGCUGUCCUGUCUGGGCACUUCAACAGAAUUGUUGGAUAUCCCUAGGCAAAUGACAUUGUAUGAACCCUGCUUGUAGGAUUG